CAUUCGCUAUCGAAUCGGGACGUCGUGCCAGUCUGUUCUGGGCGUCUGCCGAAUGAACACGUGUGUGUCUCCCGCCAAAAGCCACAAAGAUCCCCGCGAGAAAGUUUCCAUUUUGAAGGUUUUUUCGCCUCGACAGUAAAAAAUGAGCGGCGGCUUCAACUUCGGGCAGCAAACGGGCUUCUCGUUCGGGGCCCAGAGGCCCGCUGCCCCCGCCGCCGCGGCGGCCCCGGCCGGCUUCGGCAUGAGCGCCGGCCCGGCGGCCCCGGCCCCGGCGGGAGGAGGCUUCUCCUUCGGAGCCGCCGCGCAGCCCAGCGCCGCCCCGGCCGGGGGCUUCAGCUUCGGCACCCCGGCGAACAGCGCCCCCGCCCCGGCCCCGGGGUUCUCCUUCGGGACCCCCGGAACCACCAACGCCGCCGGGUUUGGCCAAGCCGGUGCGGCUCCGGCCGCGGCCCCGGCGGGGCUGGCUCUGGGAUCCGUGGCUCCCCCGGGGACCGGCUUCGCUCUGGGGGGAGCGCUGUCCGGCCAGACCGCCGCCCCCCCGGCGGGAGGAGGCUUCAGCUUCGGGGUUCCCUCUCAAGCUCAACCAGCUCAAGCUCCAGCUACAGCAGCAGUUGCACCCACGACAGCUGCAGCAGCACCAGCCGGGAUGUCGUUUGGGGCGUUCAGUUUUGGGGCUUCAAAAGUGCAGAUGACCACAGCAGCUCCGGCUCCCACGGGUGGAGGCUUCGGCUUGGGCACCACGGCUCCAUCCAGCCUCGCCCAGCCCCAGAUCCAGCUCCAGCCUCAGCUUCAACCCCAGCUCCAGGCACAGCUACAGCUCCAGCCCCAACCCCAGCUCCAGCUCCAGCCAGCCUCCACCGCUGCAGUAGCAGCAACCCAGGGUGGAGGUUUUAGCUUUGGGAUCAAACCUUCAUCAACCCCAGCUCCACCUGCGGCGACCCAGGCAGCACCGUCUUCAGGCUCGAGUCUCUUUGCUCUACCCAUCCCUUCAUCUGUUGCACCUUCAGCUGCACCUUCAGUUGUACCUUCUGCUGCAGCUUCCACUGCAGCAGCGACAGGCUUUACGUUGGGGGCAAUUCCAGCUACUUCAGCAGCCAUCGCCCCAACCACAGCUGCCCCUGGGGGAGCUUUGUCUUUUAUGCUCAAACCUCUGGGGGCGGCCGCCGCCACCUCUGCUCCCGCCUCCACUGCCGCGGUUGUGCCCGGUACGACAGCGACUGCUGCUGCUGCUCCGGGCUUUUCGCUGGGAUUCAAACCGGCGUCCAGCACAGGUAUCGCAACAGCUACGGCCACAGCCGCAACGAUCACUACGACCGCAGCUCCUCCGGUGAUGACCUACGCUCAGCUCGAGGGUCUCAUCAACAAGUGGAGUCUUGAGCUGGAGGAUCAGGAGAGACAUUUCCUCCAGCAGGCGACUCAGGUGAAUGCCUGGGACCGCAUGCUGGUGGAGAACGGAGAGAAAAUCACAGCGCUGCAUAAGGAGAUGGAGAAGGUGAAGUUGGACCAGAGGAGGCUAAACCAGGAGCUGGAUUUCAUCCUGUCCCAACAGAAGGAGCUGGAGGACUUGCUUUGCCCGCUUGAGGAGUCUGUGAAGGAGCAGAGCGGGACCAUCUACAUGCAGAACGCUGACGAGGAACGCGAAAGAACAUACAAGCUCGCCGAGAACGUGGAUGCGCAGCUGAAGAGGAUGUCACAGGACCUGAAGGAGAUCAUAGAGCACCUGAACACAUCCAGUGGUCCAGCCGACACCAGUGAUCCACUUCAGCAGAUCUGUAAAAUUCUCAACGCUCACAUGGAUUCACUGCAGUGGAUCGACCAGAACUCAGUUCUCCUGCAGAGAAGAGUGGAAGAAGUGUCCAAACUAUGCGACACAAAGCGCAAGGAGCAAGAGAAAACCUUUCGUCUAACGUUUGACUGAUGUGCAGAACGCGGGUCCCCCCCGUGUGAGAUGUGAUGACUUCUUUAUGCUUUAAGUUUGCCUCCAUGUUCCACUGUUUUUCCCCUCAGUGGUUUUGCUUUGCAUGAAUAUGAUAAAGAUCAUUAUUUUCAUGCAGUAGCCUUUUCUAUGAAGAAUUGUUCUGAAUAGUCUAAUUAAAAAAAAUCUUU